AUGUCGAUACCGCACGAUCUAUUCCCCGAAAUACUCUCCCACCUACACCGACUACCCGCCAAGUCUCUGGUCCGUUUCCAAUGCGUUUCCAAGUCAUGGUUCGCCAAAAUCAACGAUCCAGGUUUCAUCCAGAGGCAUCACGACAACAGCAGCGAACGCCGUCUCCUUCUGCAGAUAUGGAACUGUAACACUGAUCAUCAGGAGCCGCUAAAUUACUACUUGGCAAACUCUCCCAACGAGAAUGGAGAGGCGGUCUUCCCGCCAUUCCAUAACCCAUGCAGAUUCUCCAAAAUCUUAGACUGUUGCAAUGGCUUGGUUUGCAUCCGCACUUACGAUGAUAAAAUUGUGAUUUGGAACCCAUCAAUCAGGAAAUACAAGCUAUUACCCUCUCUGCCAACCGUAUCCGGGUUGAAAAGAAGAAAUUUUGGAUUCGGGUAUGACCCUGUCAACAAAGAUUACAAGGUUGUAAGCAUUGUGGAAUACUUUGGAAGCGGCGAUGUAAGCUUUGCACGGAUCUUUAAAGUUGAGUUAUAUAGUCUGAAACCCAAUUCUUGGAGCAGAGUUGGUCUAGGCAGUUUGCCUACGACUCUCUGGGAGUUGCGUAUUUUUUUUGGGCCGGUUUCUUUGAACGGUGAUUUGUAUUUUUUGGUUAAAACUCCGACAGUGAUCCGCCUUCUCGCUUUCCAUCUCACGACAGAGAAAUUCCGAGAGCAAAGGCCUAUGCUUCCGGUUGGACCGCAAACUUUGGAGGUUUUGGGAGGAUCGCUGUAUGUCUCCACAUAUGAACCGGGGGCACAAACCAUUGUCUUAUGGCGGUUGAAUGAGGAGUGGAGUUGGAUUCGGUUUCGUAGUGUGCCGAUUUUCGAGUUCGAUUUCCAGUUGGAGAUGCCUCUCAUGGGGUGGCGAGUAGUGUUGUGGUCAAAGGACGGCCAAGAGGUUCUGAUGGAGAUGGAUUACGGGUGUAAGAAUCUCUUCAAGUAUGAUAUAAAAGAGAAGACACGCUUCAUCGGGCAUAUUGGCAAGCAUUUUUGGUCGGGGACUUGUUUGGGAAGCCUCCUUCUCCUCGAUGGUGAUAGUGUCCAUUGA